GUGCACGGCAGGAAUUUACUGUCCAUUGACUAUGACCGGAACAUUCGCACGGAAAAAAUCUAUGACGAUCACCGGAAAUUUACGCUGCGGAUCAUUUACGAUCAGCUCGGACGCCCUUUCCUUUGGCUGCCCAGCAGCGGCCUGGCUGCCGUCAACGUGUCUUAUUUCUUCAACGGGCGCCUGGCCGGGCUGCAGCGCGGCGCCAUGAGCGAGAGGACGGAUAUCGAUAAGCAGGGCCGGAUCAUCUCGCGCAUGUUUGCAGAUGGGAAAGUCUGGAGCUACACCUAUCUCGAAAAAUCGAUGGUCCUGCUGCUUCAGAGUCAACGACAGUACAUCUUCGAGUACGAUUCUUCCGACCGACUUCACGCCGUCACCAUGCCCAGCGUUGCGCGGCACAGCAUGUCAACUCACACCUCCAUCGGCUACAUCCGAAAUAUUUAUAAUCCUCCUGAAAGCAACGCGUCGGUGAUUUUUGAUUACAGUGACGAUGGGAGGAUUUUAAAAACAUCAUUUUUAGGUACUGGCCGACAGGUCUUCUACAAGUACGGAAAGCUCUCCAAAUUGUCUGAAAUUGUUUACGACAGCACCGCAGUUACUUUUGGCUAUGAUGAAACUACGGGUGUCCUAAAGAUGGUGAAUUUGCAAAGUGGGGGGUUUUCUUGUACAAUCCGCUAUCGUAAAGUCGGUCCUCUCGUUGACAAGCAAAUCUACAGAUUCUCGGAAGAAGGUAUGGUCAACGCAAGGUUCGAUUAUACGUAUCAUGAUAACAGCUUUCGAAUCGCAAGCAUCAAACCCAUCAUAAGUGAGACGCCUCUCCCAGUUGAUCUUUACCGUUACGAUGAGAUUUCUGGCAAAGUGGAGCAUUUUGGCAAAUUUGGAGUUAUUUAUUACGACAUAAAUCAAAUCAUUACCACCGCAGUUAUGACCCUGAGCAAGCACUUCGAUACCCACGGGCGCAUUAAAGAAGUGCAGUAUGAAAUGUUCAGGUCCCUGAUGUACUGGAUGACUGUGCAAUACGACAGCAUGGGAAGGGUGACGAAAAGAGAACUGAAACUCGGUCCGUAUGCCAACACGACCAAGUAUACCUACGAUUACGACGGAGAUGGGCAACUGCAAAGCGUAGCGGUAAACGACAGGCCGACCUGGCGCUACAGUUACGAUCUGAACGGGAACCUCCAUCUCCUGAACCCCGGCAACAGCGUCCGAUUGAUGCCUCUGCGCUACGACCUAAGAGACAGGAUUACACGCCUGGGUGACAUCCCGUACAAAAUCGAUGACGAUGGGUUCCUGUGUCAGCGAGGCUCCGACAUGUUUGAGUACAACUCCAAAGGACUCUUAACGAGAGCUUACAACAAAGCAAAUGGGUGGAGCGUUCAGUACCGUUACGACGGACUCGGCCGAAGGGCUUCCUGUAAGACCAACCUGGGGCAUCACCUGCAGUACUUCUACGCUGAUCUUCACAAUCCGACGAGGGUGACUCAUGUCUACAAUCAUUCCAAUUCCGAAAUCACCUCUUUGUACUACGAUCUGCAAGGCCACCUCUUUGCAAUGGAGAGUAGCAGCGGGGAAGAAUAUUAUGUCGCCUCGGAUAACACGGGCACUCCGUUAGCCGUGUUCAGCAUCAACGGUCUCAUGAUCAAACAGCUUCAGUACACGGCUUACGGGGAGAUUUAUUAUGACUCUAACCCUGAUUUCCAGCUGGUGAUUGGGUUCCACGGAGGGCUGUAUGAUCCUUUAACCAAACUCGUCCAUUUUACCCAGAGGGACUAUGAUGUCCUGGCUGGACGCUGGACGUCUCCUGACUACACCGUGUGGAAAAACAUUGGUAAAGAACCCGCUCCUUUCAAUCUGUACAUGUUCAAGAGUAACAACCCUCUCAGCAAUGAGCUGGAUCUAAAGAAUUACGUGACAGAUGUCAAAAGCUGGUUGGUGAUGUUCGGAUUUCAGCUUAGCAACAUUAUUCCUGGUUUCCCUAGAGCAAAAAUGUAUUUUGUGUCACCGCCAUACGAGUUGUCUGAGAGUCAAGCAUGUGAAAACGGACAGCUAAUUACAGGCGUUCAGCAGACAACGGAAAGACACAACCAAGCUUUCAUGGCUCUCGAGGGCCAGGUCAUAUCUAAAAGAUUACAUGCCAGCAUUAGAGAGAAAGCAGGUCACUGGUUCGCCACCACCACGCCGAUCAUCGGGAAGGGAAUCAUGUUUGCCGUGAAGGAAGGCCGUGUCACCACCGGCAUCUCCAGCAUAGCCACGGACGACAGCCGAAAGGUCGCCUCUGUCCUUAACAGCGCUCACUACCUGGAGAAAAUGCACUACAGCAUCGAGGGGAAGGACACCCACUAUUUCGUCAAGAUAGGCUCAGCCGACAGCGACCUCGUCACCCUCGCGCUCACCAGCGGGCGGAAGGUCCUGGAGAGCGGCGUCAACGUCACCGUCUCGCAGCCCACUCUGCUAGUCAACGGCAGGACUCGAAGGUUUACGAACGUUGAGUUUCAGUGUUCCACCCUGGUGCUCAGCAUCCGCUACGGACUGACCCCCGAGACGCUGGACGAGGAGAAGGCGCGAGUGCUGGAGCAGGCUCGGCAGCGAGCGCUGGCGUCAGCCUGGGCCAAGGAGCAGCAGAAGGCGCGGGACGGGCGCGAGGGCAGCCGCAUAUGGACAGAUGGAGAGAAGCAGCAGCUUCUGAACACGGGAAGGGUGCAAGGUUACGAGGGAUAUUACGUCCUGCCCGUGGAGCAGUACCCAGAGCUAGCAGACAGUAGCAGCAACAUCCAGUUUUUAAGACAGAAUGAGAUGGGAAAGAGGUAACAAAUUAACCUGCUGUCAUCCUUUGCUGGAUGGAUCAGUAGUCGUAACUGUUAUCUCCUCUCCUAAGGAGAUGAAGACCUAAAUGGGGGCACUAGGCUGAGCUACUCUGGGAUAGUUAAGUGGCAAAAAAGCUCAUAUUUUUUGAGUUAAAUGCUACUGUUCAAGUGAUUAAAAACCACAUCCUGAAGUGGACUAAAGCCAGACUGAAAACUCUUAACCGUAAAAAUUAAAAAGUACCCCUGAAAUAUUACCCACUUGUUCUGGGUCUAAAGAAAAAACAAAAAGAAGGCCUCGUAUUGUAUUACCUCACUCCAUUCACACGUGAGCAAACUAAGAAAUCCAAGUGGGCCACUUUCACUGACCAGCUGAUGAAACACUGAUGAUUCAGACUGCUUGUUUGAUAAAUAUCCAAGAGGUUUUCAUUUAAAGCAAAAUACAGGUGCAUUUAAAACAUGACUUUGGGGUGAUUUGUGUGUAGCAACUGGAGGACAAUAAGAAUGCAAGUGAGAGCGCACUGGAAACAGGAAAGAAAAAUAUAUUUAAAAGUUCCAAAACCACACUUGCACUCUGACCCUCCGUUUGUCUGGCCUGAAGCUUAACUUAUUCAAAGAGGGCAGAGUGUAAUGGUACGUUCAAAAUGGUGGCUAUAAAUCACUACAGAUAAAUUUCAUACUCUGUUUGUCUUUGAAGAUUUCCAUUGUGGACAGUAUAACACAGUUACAGGGUGUAGUCUGUUUAGAUUCAGUAGUUUGUUGGUAUCAGUUCCAGUAGAGCUGUGGGCAUUGUGUGUAUUUUACACUAUUGCAAAUGGGCACCACGUCAGAUCACCCUGUACAUACAUCAGCCAGAAGGCACAAUCACUGUUUCAGAUUUAAAAAUUAUUAGUGUGUUUGUUUGGUCGAGAAACUGAGACAAUCACAUUACAGUCACCAUGAGAAAAGGAAAAAAAAAAAAAGAAAAAAAGUCUAAUAAGAACUUUGGUACAAGAACUUUUUUGUAAUAUACAUGUAUGAAUUGUUCAUUGAGUUUUUAUAUUAAUUUUAAUUUGCUGCUAAGCAAAGACUAGAGACAGGCAAAGAUAAUUUAUGGCAAAGUGUUUAAAUUGUUUAUACAUAAAUAAAGUCUCUAAAACUCCUGUGAA